AUUGGUCCCUUCCUCUAUCGUCCUUUCCUUUUUUUUUCUUGUUCAUCCUUCAGUUCAGUUUAUUUUGACGACCUCCACGACUUACGACCUUUGUUUACGCGCCCAUUGUUCAGAUGCUCACGCUUGAGCCUCAGGCAUUAAUUACAUGGAGCAUGCGUUACAACCAAACUUCGAAUGAUAUCGCCGCUCCGACAACGCCGGGACGGGCUCAUGAUAAGAUUAACGAUAUCGUCACAUCGCUCGAGACUGAUUGGCAGUUGGGAUUGACUACUCGCGCGAGGACGUGGUCACCAAGCCUUUCAGGCAAGAAGUCUGAUGUAGACAAAGCUCUGGAUCGCAUUAAGUUUUUGUUUUAUCAAGGGCCACAGGUGCUGAAGGAGCUUCUGGACAAAUUCGAGGCUAAUGCUGGAUCUAAGCCAAACGCAGAGCGUUUGCGCUAUCUCAACCAACUGUUGGAAUGCGCUACUCCAAAAGGAGUCCGUGGCAAGUCCAUUCAGGAAGCCACGUCGCUCCCGGAACCUCAAGGUCCUGAGUCUGGUCGAGUUCAUGGCUCUAAAGAUGUACAGCAGCUCUUACGGCAAGCUUCAACGCCGAUAACUAGAAAGUCCAAACCCCCAGCGGCGCCAGCAUCAAUCUUCAACCGUCCUUCAACGACAGAACCUGACAGUAGCACUUCCGGUACAGAGAGAGCGUCCCGCGGCCAGACGAGAGGCGAACCCCCGUCACCUUUGAUUUUCACGCCAAAAGCGGCAGACGAAGAUGGCCACUUUACGACCCCACCUCAGUCACCGAGCUUGGCGGCCAGUAUGCGGAAACAAUCCCAGCUAUCAAGUCCUGAACAAUCGUGCAACCAAUCACAGCAGCGAAGGCGAGGAAAGCGGUCGCCGGAAGAGUCCGGUGAUGAACCAUCACCAAAACAUUGCAGGACAUCUGAGGAAGACACAUCAGACCCUGAGGAAUUCCCUUUCGCUGUGCCAAAACCACUGAUGGCGAAAGGAAGAGCGCAUCAGGAUUCUUCAGCGUCUGCUCAAGACGGGCGUUCAGCGGCCACGUCCUUCACGUCCACGACUGGUCUUUCGCGUUCAGACUCUGUUUUCUCUCAAUACCGCGAUAAUACAACCACUGCAAAUACUUCAUUUACGACAAAUGCCGCAAACUCGCAAGAAGGAGCAGUAAUCGAAGGCGAGAUGUUCCACAGCUCUGGAACAGUUUCGCUCGACACCAAUGAAGCAUUGCUGCAAGCUGUCAGCAAGUUUGAUCCGCCAUCGAACAACAUUAGUCCUGGCAAGAAAAUGGAGCAUCAUCAGAUAAAGAACCUGACAGAGCAAGGUCUCUUUGUUCCCGAUCUCACCAGAAAGCUUAAGAACAAGCCCUUCAAGCUACGUUGGGAGUUUGUACGCAUUGCUUUAGCCAACGGCGUAGAUCCAGAGGUCCUACUGCCGCACGACGAAACACAUGAAGAUUAUGAUACGUUGUGGGAGUAUUUCUCCAGACACCCUGCCUGCCAUAUCCUGCCGCGCAAAGGCCAAAUCGACGCUUGGAAGGCUACUGGAACUAGUGAUAUGAAGCUCAAAGCAUCGCUCAGUGUCAACUCUAGCAACUCCGGUCUGUUGUUCGAGCUAAACCCAGAACCGCUUAGGGUGGAGGAAUCUUGUCGUUUCCAACGAGCAUUUGGAGGAGAUCGAUUUCUGUACUUGGAAAUCCCCCCUUUGAAUGAGAAGAGCAUGCCAAAUCACUUAAAGAAGCAAGAUGGAAAUUUGUCAGAGCGAAUUCAAGAAUGGCUACUCGAGCCAAAAGAUUUUCUCGGGCGAACCUGGAAGGUGUUUCACUACGAAGACGUUAAAAAGAAGAAAUCCCUUCGUCGGCCCACAGGCGAAAUUGGAACAAGAAGAGUGGUACUCUUUGCGGAAAGUGGGAUUGAUAUCCCGACUAAGAGUGUCGGAGAACUCAUUCACUGGUUUAUGCCGCUGCAUCUCAAUGCCCAACAGACAUUUGCGAAAGCGUAUGCCCGCCUCAGCCUUGGUCUCACGACCACAAAGCCUGGGCUUGUCUUCAAGCCGUCACAAGUUCGCUUCGUGCGAGAUGCUGUGCCGGAUGAUACGCCCGAGUACGACCUAUAUCGAGAUCCGGAUAUCGAGUGGCCUUUUGGUCCCAUCAAUCAACAAGUAAUGAACGACGGUUGCGCCCGUAUCUCGGUGGGAGCCGCUAUGGCAUUAUGGCGGUCGCUCAGAAUGAGUGGUCCUCUUCCUAGCGCAUAUCAAGGGAGAAUUGGUGGCGCUAAAGGUGUCUGGAUGUUAAGUGCGCCGACAGACACUCAAGACCCGGACCAUCGUGGUAUCUGGAUAGAGGUUACGGACAGCCAGUUGAAGUUUGAAGCUCAUAAAGAGGAUCUCCAUGAUAGCUCUUUCGAUCCCCAUCGUCUUACCUUUGAUUUACACUCCUGGACCGACGCUGUUUCUUCUUCAAGUUUGUAUAUCUCCUUCGUUCCUAUUUUGGAGAAUCGCGGCGUUCCUGCAGAAACGCUGCAAGUGCAGUUUAGGCGAUGGAUCAAUGAUCAGAACAAGAAGUCUGAGGAGAGGACCCGUGAGGUUGGCGACAUAAUGUGGCUGGCGAGCAUGCCAUGCUCACUGCAUGAAAGGGUCGUCUAUUUACUGGAAACUGGUUUCAGCCCUAACGCACCAGUUCUAGCAGCAAGCGUUGAGCGCUUGGUUGCCAAAAGCCUCAAAUGGUUAAGACAGUCCGCACGGAUUCCUCUCGCGCAGUGCGUUUAUUUGAAAGGAGUCGCAGAUCCCACAGGAACCCUUGAACCCGGAGAAAUACACCUUUAUUUCUCACAAAGCUUGUCGGACGACACUUCGGGGGAAGUCUUCACGUUUCUCGAUAAUCGGGCUGUUUUAGUGGCUCGAAAUCCCGCUCUGAGGAGAUCUGACAUCCAAAAGGUCAGAGCAUCUUUCAAAAUAGGGCUCACGCACCUGCGAGAUGUUGUUGUUUUCUCCUCGAAGGGUAGUUUCCCACUGGCUGGAAAACUCCAAGGAGGUGACUACGAUGGUGAUGAUUUCUGGGUUUGCUGGGAUCCUAGGUUGGUUCAACCUUUCCGGAACGCCCCGGCACCUAUGGACCCCCCCAAUCCAGAAUCCUACAGGAUAAAAGUCGAUAAAAGGAAACUUCGUGAUGUACUCCCGGAUUCUUCGCCUUCAUCGAUCGACUCAUUCCUAAAAGAAAGCUUUCAGUUUCGGGAGAGAAAAACUUUCCUCGGUGUUUCCACGAAGCUCCACGAGAAGGUUGCCUACUAUGAGAACUCAAUCGAGUCUGAGAAUACCAAUUCACUUGCAGAUAUUCAUCAUCUUCUUGUCGAUGGACCGAAAGGUGGCCUUGUGUAUGACGAAGAAGAUUAUGAACUAUUUCAGAAGGGUCUCAAGCUUCCUAAGAAAGUCACCGGAGUCAACUAUCAGCCAGCGUACAAAGUUGCACAAAAGGAAGAUUCGGUGAGCAAAUACAAUACCAAGAAAUCAGAUGGGAAAAUCAAGUACAACCCCGAGAACAUUAUGGACAAACUCUACUUCGAAACGAUAAAGCCGCAUACGGAAGAGACACUGGAACAACUCAGCGCUCAACUGUGCCAGGGUGCUCAUUAUGAGCGAGCCCUCCUUGAACCAUACAUACAGGUGCAUUCAAGUUCCGAUUCGGAAAUCGAGCUAGAGCUCGAGAGGCUGACAAGGUGCCUCGUGAAGGUCUAUGACCGGUGGAUGCAGAUGAGUCGAGUUAACAAAGAAGGGAACCAUUGGGGUUUUGAGGUCGACGAUGCCGAUUCCUUUGAUGCUGCCACCUUGGAGUGCCACAAGCUCUACAAAAGCAUUAUGCCAUCCAAUACACGAAAUGCAACCAUCAACGGCUGGACGAUACAAACAAAAAACAACGUGGCAGCGGAGUGGGACUAUAUCAAGGCAAGCACCUUGUGGAAGCUAUACAGCGAAAAGCACAGUUUCGUGUUCUACAUGGCAGGUCGCGAGCUGUCAUUCCUCAAGUGUGAUAGCUUUGAGAACUCCCGCUUUGUUGUUCAAGACGUGUGGGCGAGCAUGAAACCACGCAAGAUCAGAAAACCGGUUACUAGGCAGCCCGUGGUGGAAGCGAGGCCCGAGGUCCUCAGUGCGUCUAGAGCCAAUGAAGGAUUGAUCCUCAGCGAGACCGAAGCCGACGAGGAGGAAGGCUUCAUGACAGCACCAGAGGAGGACGAGGAGAAAAUUUCCGGUGACGCAGCACAUGAGAGCGCUGAAGAAAAUGAAGGCCCGGGGAGACAGCUCUACGAAGAGCUGAGCAAGAUUACGACGCCGAAGGGGGAGCCGCGCCGGAGCAGGGCUUCGCUUGGAUCUAUUCCGAAGCUGACGCCUCGCAGACAGAGCAGCCGGAUGCAGGGCCAAGGCAAAAGCGACAAGAAAAGGACGCCUACUUUGGCGAUGUGAGGGGCUUUUGAACAUGGAUGGAAUCUUGGAUUAGGCUUCGAUAAGCCUGAUCUUGUUGAUGGUUUGGAUCA